AUGGAUAUUCGCCAUUUUUCCACCUCCUCAAUUGAAGCCCAAGCUGUGGCCACCGUCAAUCCAGAGACCGGAUACAUCGAGAAUAUCGACGACAUUCGAGAAGCAGAAUACCCCAAUCUCGCGGACACGACGUAUCUCGACCAUGCGGGAACAACAUUAUAUGCCAAGUCUCUAAUCGAAACAUAUUCCAAAAAGUUAACCGAAAACCUCUUUGGGAAUCCUCAUUCUGCCUCAACCUCGUCCCAAUUAUCCUCCCGUCAGGUUGAUGAUGUUCGACUCCAAGUCUUGCAGUUCUUCCAGGCUAACCCCGACCAUUUUGACGUCGUAUUUGUCGGCAACGCCACGGCAGCCAUCAAGUUUGUUGGAGAUGCCUUCCGAGACCAUGACAAUGGUUUCCGAUACUAUUACCACGGCGAAGCCCAUACCAGCAUGGUUGGCGUGAGAGAACUUGCCUCUCGAGGCAGUAUUUGCCAUGCAAGCGAUUGUGAGGUUGAAACAUGGAUCCACGGACUCGAACACGGGCACGUGGUCGACGGGGGAGACCUCUCCCUUUUUGCCUAUCCGGCCCAGUCGAAUAUGACUGGCCGACGGCUUCCUCUGCGGUGGUGUCAAAGGAUCCAAGACGCAAGAAGAACAUUCGGUCAUCCCGUCUUUACCCUGCUUGACGCGGCAGCCCUUGUGUCCACUGCGCCUCUGGAUCUUUCAGAUAACUCAGCCGCUCCCGACUUCACCGCGCUGAGUUUCUACAAGAUUUUCGGAUUUCCCGACUUGGGCGCAUUGAUCGUACGAAAGGAUUCUGGAGACGUGCUGCGACGACGCAAGUAUUUCGGUGGUGGGACCGUGGACAUGGUCACCAUGUAUGGGGACGCCGGCCACGCAAAGAAAGAGUCAUCCUUGCAUAGCUGCCUCGAAGACGGCACUCUUCCGUUUCACAGCAUUGUCGCCUUGCAAUCUGCUUUAGAUGUUCACCGGCGCCUGUAUGGUUCGACCAUGAACGUUUCAAGACAUGCCAAUUUCCUUGCGUCGAAUUUGAGAAAACAAUUACAGCGCCUACGCCAUGGUAACGGAAAUCAAGUAUGUUUGAUCUACACGGAGGAUGUCUCGCCAGCGUCUUCCCAAGGCCCUGUGAUCGCCUUCAACUUGAAGGACAAAUUGGGCCACUACGUGAGCAAUUCCGAAGUCGAGAAGCUCGGGAUAGUGAAGAGUAUUCAAUUCAGGACCGGCGGCGUUUGUAAUCCCGGUGGUGUCGCGUCCCAUCUGGGACUUUCCGUGGAUGAAAUGCUCCAGAAUUACGCGGCCGGUCAACGAUGUGGAGGUGAGAAUGACAUCUUGAAUGGCAAACCGACGGGUGUGAUUCGAGUCAGCGUCGGUGCAAUGAGUAACAUGAACGACGUCGCGACCUUUGCCAAUUUCAUCCGAGAAUUCUAUGUCGACUCAAGCCCACUGGAACCAUUACCGAUGUAUACGACGGCACCUAUUCCGACUAGGUCACCUAGCUCCUUUGUGGUCGAAAGCUUGUCGGUGUUUCCUGUUAAAAGUUGUGCCGCCUACCAAAUUCCCUCCAAUAUCUCUUGGCCGGUAGGCCUGAAAGGCCUUGCGUGGGAUCGAGAAUGGUGCCUCGUUCACCAAGGGACGAAUGCUGCACUCAGUCAGAAAAGAUUUCCCCGGAUGGCUCUGAUCCGUCCCGAGAUUGACUUACAGAAGAACGUGCUGAGAUUGACUUUCGACGGGGACCUCUCAAGAUCCCGAUCACUCGAAGUGAGCCUCGAUUCCAAACCAACGCGGACAAGGUCCAUCCAUACCUGUGAUGCAACGAACAACAAGACAUCGAGUGUCUGCGGGGAAGAUGUCGAUGUCGAUGUCUACACGUCGCCCGAGGUAGCAGACUUCUUCACAGAAGCAUUAGGAGUCCCUUGCACCUUGGCAAGAUGUCCGAAUGCUGGCACCAUACGCCAGGCGAAAGUCCGUGUACCUGCAUCGAAUCGGCGGAAACAAGCUACUGAAACCGGGAGGUCGAUGGCGCUCUCCAAUGAGAGCCCGAUCCUGCUGAUCUCGCGGUCCAGUGUCAAUCGCCUCAAUGAGCAGAUCAAGCACAACAGUGGCGUCGGCAAGGCGGUAGCUGCCGAUUCAUUUCGUGGGAACAUUGUCAUUGCCGAAGAACUUGAUCGAGGCCAAACGGAAUCACCUUAUGCCGAGGAUGAUUGGACCAGUAUCCAAAUUGGAGAUGAGCCCCACCAUACCUUUGAAUUACUUGGCCCCUGCCAGCGGUGCCAGAUGGUAUGUGUUGAUCAGAAGAAUGCUCAACGUAGACAGGAACCUUUUAGCACAUUGGCAAAGACCAGAAGGAGAGAUGGGAGAGUCUGGUUUGGUAUGCACAUGUGCCUAUUGUUGAAGAGGGAUUCGGUUGACGGUGAAAGCUUACCGGGAGUAAGGAUCCAAGUAGGAGAUCGAAUAACGCCAGGAGUCACACGAUGA